AAUUCCAACAUGGCAGAGGCUGUGGUCAGUCUUCCCCUCACUAACUUGGAAUGGUUUCAAAUCGCGAGUAGCCACGCUUGAUCGCGGCGAGCCCCGUAUUCGUCCCUGCGUUCCGCGGAUCGAUGGUCCCGUAAGCCGUGACGUUGCCCUGUCACCUCACACAGGUCUAAAGAUGCAGUGGACCCCAGAGCACACACAAUGGGCAGAACAGCACUUCGACAUCUCAUCCACCACCCGCUCACCAGCACACAAAGUGGAGGCCUACAGGGGGCACUUACAGCGCACAUACCAGUACGCGUGGGCAAACGAUGACAUCUCGGCGCUGACUGCAUCCAAUCUGCUCAAGAAAUAUGCAGAGAAGUACUCUGGGAUCCUAGAGGGUCCAAAUGAAAGAGCCCUGCUGUGUUCCUACUCUGAUAGCACCACUGGACUCAUGAAUGGACGAAAGUCAGAGAAUGAGCCCUGGCAGGAGGGAAUUUACCCAAUGAACUGUGCUCCAGAUGUUAUAACUGUGAGCAAAGCUGGAAUGACAGCUGCCCUCCCCCCUACAGACGUGUCUGCAAGCAUAGGAAGCUCCCCAGGGGUGGCAAGCAGCUUGUCUGAGCCUAGCUACUCCAGCAGUAACUGUGGGAGUCACCCAGCCACCACUCAUCACUCGGGCCUGCCCUCUCAGGAAUAUACUGCCAGUUACAAUGGUUCUUACCUGCAUUCUAGCUACAGCAGCCAGAGCACCCCAGCCCUCCCCUCUCCUCACCCCUCUCCUCUACAGAGUGCUGGGCUCCUACAACCACCUCCACCUGCUUUAGUGCCAAGCUACAAUGCUGGGUCUCCCAACCUUCCCAACUACAGUUAUCCUCCAACAGGAUAUGCUUCACAGACUGCUGUGGGUCCUGGUUAUAGCCCUGGGGGAGCACCACCACCUUCUGCUUAUCUGCCGUCUGGCAUUGCAGCUCCCACUCCAAUACCUCCCUCCACACUGCCCGGCUACACCUACCAGUCUCAUAAUAGUACACCAAUCGCACCUACACCUUUGAAUGGCAGCACAUCCAGCUCUUUAAAACGAAAAGCUUUCUACAUGAGUGGACAUGGAGAUGUGGACCCAAGCUAUGGGAAUUUCAACUACAACCAACAGCGCUCCUCACAGAGUCCUAUGUACAGAGUAUCAGACAGCAGCAUCUCAGACUCAAACAGGGCUGCUGGCUUUGAAAGAAACACAGAACCAUCAUCUUUGGCUUUUAAGCCAACCAAACAACAAUUGCCCUCUGAUCAGCAAAGAAAAUUUACCUUGCACUCCGGCAGAGCCCUAACUCCUCCAUCUUAUGGAUCAACCAAAAACUCUGCAGGAGAUCUAAGAACUGGUGAGCCCUACAGCAAGUUUGGGUCUCCAAUCAUGAGCGAACAAACUGAAGAGCACAGACAGCACCUCUCUCACUCCCUUUCAGGGCCUGAUAUAGGAACAGCUACCUCGUCCAUCCAUGCUGCAGAGGAACAAUUAAAGAACAGUGAUUCCAGCCUGGUGGAAAUGGUCAACACGGAAAUCCUUCAGCAUGGCUCUCCGGUAGACUGGACUGACAUUGCAGGUCUGGAUAUGGCCAAAGCAACUAUUAAAGAGGAGAUACUGUGGCCUAUUUUGAGACCUGACAUGUUUAGCGGACUUGCCACAUUACCGCGGAGCCUGCUUUUAUUUGGACCUCAGGGAACUGGUAAAUCACUGCUGGCACGCUGCAUGGCCAGCCAGCUGGGGGCUGCUUUUUUACGGCUGAGUGGUUCUGCGCUGGUGACCAAGUGGCUUGGAGAAGGGGGCAAGAUCAUCCAAGCUUCGUUCCUUGUAGCACGCUGUCGCCAACCAGCAGUAGUCCUAAUCAGCGAUGUGGAUUUGCUGCUGUCUGCCCAGCUCACCGAGGAGAGCCCAGUAAAUCACCUCAAGGCUGAGCUCCUCAUCCAGCUCGAUGGUAUUCUGACCUCUGCAGAGGACCAUGUUCUUGUGGUCUGCUCCACAAGUAAGCCUGAAGAGAUCCCUGACACCCUACGGAGGUACUUUAUUAAGCGUUUGCUCAUCCCCUUGCCUGAUGGGACCGCACGCCAUCAGAUAAUCACCCAACUUCUCUCGCAGCACAAUUAUUGUCUCAGUGACAAAGAAAUUUCAUUAUUGGUUCAGAGGACAGAGGGAUUUUCAGGGCUGGAUGUAGUCCAGCUGUGUCAAGAGGCUGUGGUUGGCUCUCUCCAUGGCAUUCCUGGGGCUGACCUUUCCAGUAUCCAUCCCAGUCAGAUGAGACCGGUCACAUACCAAGACUUUGAAAAUGUAUUUUGCAAAUUCCAGCCUAGCAUAUCACAAAAAGAGCUUGAUGUGUAUACUGAGUGGAAUAAAAUGUUUGGUUGUAGUCAGUAAAUGGGACCAAUCAGACACAAUUUCCUGAAAUAUGUUGAGUAAAAAUAGGUGUUUGGUCCUUUUUAAACAAUAAAAACACAGUGGUAACACUAACAUUUUAUGGAAAGCUUUGGACACAAUCUGGACAUCAUUCAAUGUUACAACCACAUGCUCAUUAAAAUAACUUCAAAAGGAUGCCCACUUUUUUGUACAUAAAUAUAUACAGAUAUAUAUAAAUAUAAUGCUGAUUCUGAGAUUUAGUUGCUAUCAAGUGCCUGAGAUGGUGCUGUUUAAGUUUCUUUUUCGCCUCACAAUCUUCAUUGGUGGUAUGUGCUAUUAUAAAAAAGCUUUACAAUGUGAAACAAACUCUCUUUUUUAUUCCAACAGUGUUGUUCAGCUGUGUGUUUUGUGCUCUCUGUGAACUGUUGUGGUUAAUUUCAGCUGAAUUAAAUUAAUUGGCAGAAUUUUCCUUGAGCCUCAUUACCUUGCACAAGUUUCAUGUGUGCAUGUAAGUUGUUUGAUUAUAGCAAAACUGUCACGCACAUGUUUUAAAAAAAAAUAUUUUAUUUGCCUUUUAGACUAACAUUUGGUCAAUGUAUUAGUCUUUCCUUUGAUAGGUUCUAAGACGAAAGCAUUACAAGGGGAUUUUAGUUUAAAUGAAUGCCGUCUGGAACUAUUAGCACCGGUGGUAAAUAAUAAUAAUAAUAUAGACUUUAUUGAUCUCACAAUGGAGAAAUUGUCCUCUGCAGUUAACUCAAACCUUAGGGAACAGCGGGCUGCCAUUGUGUGGUGCCCAGGGAGCGUUCAGGGGCUAAGGGUCUUGCUCAGGGACCCAAAGUGGCAUCCAGAGUUGCUGUGGGAUUUGAGCCAGGGCACUUGUGGCUUCUCUGGGACGCAAAUUCCCUGCUCUUUGACCACUAGCUCUCCAGUUGGACAAUAAGUUCAAUAAAACCAUACUGUUAAACACUUUAAAAUUAUUUCUCAGUAACAAACAAAACACCCUAAAUUAACCAAACAUUAACUAUUAGACAUCAUCUGAGAGAAUUAUCUCUGUGUUUAACUUCCACCCCGCAGUGAAAACCAGCAGGAGUUUGAAAACGAUGUGUCCUAGGAGUCAGUUAUUCUUCACGGGUAUGGGGAGCAUCGACCGCCCAGUCAGCUGGCAGCUGACGGAGCACUUUUGCCAUUGAGUCAUAUCUUGAUAAACCAAUUAGAUAUUUCAGGUUAAUGAAGCUAGUUCGCACCUGAAAACAUUGCAAAAGUUUAUCUUGUGUAACGUAAAGUGUAAAUUAUCAAACUUUACUCACAGUUUCCGCCACUCUCCUUCGCCAUAACUGCUUCGACCUGCAAUGAAUCAUGGGAUAGGGUGGGCCAGGAUGCAGGAAAUUGAAGCUACAUUGCUCUCUGCAGUGGCCCUAGUGAAGUAGGCUAAUAUAUAGUGCUUAUCAUACUGAACUACUCAGACACUCAGCAGUGUUUGUUUAUAUUUGUUUAAAGUUGGUUUGACAUUAAAUGUUUCAUGAUCGACAUAAUUGAUUAUGCGACGAAUUGUUGAAGCCCUAUUUCCCACAUAUUCAUCCUUUGUUUUACACCACACCCGCCUAAGAGUUUACUGCAGCAAAUCUCAAUCUUAGUUUAGUCUGACCAAAGCUUGCAGUACCAGUUAAGGAUCAAGUAGCAUUAAACAAACUGCAUGUUUGUGAUAACAGGACAGAAAAUACUUUUUCCAGGCAUCACUCCUAAACAACCCGUUGUUAUGUAGAUAUUGUCUAAUUGUUCUUAUGGAGAUUUGCCACCAAGAUGCUACUCUUUGCUACCGUUCACUAACAGUGAGCUUUGGAGAUUUUUUCUAUGCCUCGCUUGUCAUCCUCUUUUCCAUGUGUGGUGGUAAGAACAACUGCCGUUUUCAUCCAGCAUUGUUUGUCACAUACCUAGUUAUUUUCAGUGAAUGGUCUGGCUGCAGAUGUAGGCAAGAUAAGGUGAAUAGCUUUUUAUUGUAGCCUUUUUUUUUACUUGAGAAGACCUGCAAAUCUUCUCUUGUCUUGCCCAUUUUGAGGAUUAGCUUAGAGGAAUGGUCCUGUUUCAUGUCGUAUGUAUAUCCCAGGAAAAUGAAAGACAUGAAAUACUAAUUCAAGCUUUCUGUUUUAAAAUUUGCUAGGGGUGCUACUCAUUGUAAAGGCUGUGAUUUUAUUAAAAACAAUAAUUUCUUAAAAUAGAUUUUUUUUGGUUCCUGGCUAAAUAAUUAACUGAAAUUAAAGUUCGAUUGUUCUAUAGAUUUUAAUGUCAGGUUAUGGUACUGCAGUACAAAAUGCAUUAAUUCUAAGGCUUUUUGCACAUCUCUAAUUUGGAGGAUGCAGUAAGUUGUAACAACAUUACUAAAAAUAUUGUUACAGUCAUUUACUAGGCAGGUAAUUCACAAUGGAAAAUUUUACCAUAUUUGCUGUUUUCUAUUUGAAAAUUCAGGAUAGUGUUAGUGAUACGUACUUCACAAGCUUGUAUUAAAACACUACAUGCGGCAAACAUUUGGCUCUCAUUUAAAAGUGCAUCAUUAAAACACAAAAUGCUUUUUUAAUACCUCAAAAAGGUCAAAACGAGAAGGUUCCUGCAAUGAAUGUAUGUGAGGAUAAUUAUGGUUUAUUUGCAAAUCUUAAAAAUCAAUUUGUUUAGGAUUCUCAGCCUUUAAUUUUAAAUAGAAUUUGGUAUUAUAGGUACUGGUCUGCCUUUGGAAAUUACAGCCCCACUGUGUGGGUGGAAUUGCAGCCUUGAACUAAUACAUUAACUGUUUUGAAUUACUUUUUUCCUGCUGGCUGCAAAGUCAGAAACCUUCAUUUACGGCAGAUACAAUGAUCUUGUUAUUUAAAUCCCAGCUUUGAGAUUGAAGUGUUCAGCUUGUGCCGAGAGAAAUUUAAAAAGUACAGACAAACAUCUUAAGGUUGAGAGAGACAGCUGAUUCAAUGCUACGUUUCCCCCUCCUGUCUGCAUUCAUGAAAACCCAAGGAUUAUGUACAGUGUAACUUUCUUUGUACCUUUUUGUAUUUAUCUCUGAAAGACAAAUUCACAGUGACCUCAACAUGUAACCAUUGGCCCAUGUUUUUUGAUGAUGACACCCAACAAAAAAAUAUAUAUAUAUAUUUUAUGUUAAAUCUAUAUGCUUUACAUUUUGAUAAGUUGUUUUUCUCCACAUAAUGCACUUAAAGGGUAAUACCACUGAAUAUGACACACUUUGCCUUUGCCUUAGGACGAUUUGUUUUUUAUCAGCUUAUAUUCAGUGCCGGAUGUUGUUAUUGUAACUUGUUUAAACCCUGAACCUGCAAUGUCAGACGGAGAUGUUUCAGAAACCUCAGUGAAUCUGUGUGCAUACUUUCUGUCUUAAAGUAUUUCAAUGUGAAGUUUACACAAACGUGUUUUUACUAUAUCUCAAAUUCCUAAGUCCCAUCCCUUAUAUUCUAAUCUCACAUAGUUUUUUUGUACAGAAUACCACGGUUUCUUUUUUCUCCCAUAUUUUAUACUGUUGCUUUAUUAUUAAAACAUCUUGCAGCCAAUAAUUGCAAAAUUUCAGUGUUACAUUUCCAACAAUGUAUGAGGCAGUCUGACAGCUUAAUUGGCAACUAAAGGCAUUGAAUGUAUUGUGUUGUAAGCAGGACACUUGCACACUGGACCAUGUCAGAGAAGAAGAGAACGCUGACAGGGUAUUUGACAGAUACUGCAGAUGCACUAACAGACCUUUUUUCUGUGAGAAGGUCUCUUAAUACAAUAUUUAUUGAUGGUUUACCAUAUUUUAUUUUAAUCAGAGGUUAAGCAUUUUUCUCAUUAAAACAUUGUUUGGAUAAAUAACUUCUCAAGGUCUGGACUUUUGAAGAGUUUCCAAGACAAUAGCACAGACUCUACUUUUCCAUUAUGUGUUAUGCUUUAUGUGCACUGAAGUUAUAAGAUGUGUGCUGCAUUAUCUUUAGAACUGCUGAAGUUUUAGUCAUUAGUAAAAUGAUCAUCAUUAGUUUAAAUACAAAGAAACAGAUGUGUGUGAAUUGAGGGCCUUUACAUUAUGUGUUUUCUUAAGGGUGUAGGUCAUUCAUAAUCACUUCUGAGUUGCCUUUUUUCAUCUAUUGGUACCUAAGUGUCACAUGGUACAAUUUUUACAAGCAAAUACUCUUUACUUUUUGACAAAUCUGCUAUGAGUCCAUGUUAAAAUUGUUUCAAAAGUCAUGUAGACAUGUAGACGACUAUUCCCCAUGAAAUAUUCAGAUUAUUAUGGUUCCAAUUACUUAUCGAACAUAAGCCUGUUUAUUAUUUAUUGUUGUUUAUUUCUCCCUGGAACCAAGGUAAAACACUUUUUCUGGUUCAGUUCGCCUCUUCACCAGUUUGCACCCCCUUUGUACCAGUCCUACAAACCAUUUUGUACCCAUGCACUUCAAUCAUGGUGAAUCUGUUUGUCAUUGUAGCUUGGUGUUUUAAUUAACUUUAAAGAUAAAUCAUCAUGAAAUUGUCUGAAUCUUACGUAUAAUUAAUAUUUAAUUGUUUUUGUUGUGAAAACGUCGUAUUAUAUUUAAUUCCCAAUUAUUUUGGGUUAAUGCCCAUUUGAGCAAGCCAACUCUUAUAAAACAUGACAGAUUGCAACUCCUGAUCAAACUAAACAAAUCUAGAGACCCUCUGCUGAUAGAUAUUGUUUAUGACAUUUUUAUAUUCACUUUUCCUUACAGUAGACUAGACAUGGGCCGUUUUCAGAUUCUAUUUACACUAUAUUGUCAAAAAUAUUGGGCCACACCACUAAAUCAGUGAAUUGUGCUGUUCCAAUCACUUCCAUGGUAGCAGGUGUAUAAAGUUUGGUGUGGAGAAAGUUGACUGGCCUGCACAGAGUCCUGACCUCAACCUUCUUGAAGACCUUUGGGAUGAAUUAGAGCAGAGGCCGCAAUUCUCGUUUUCUCAUCUAACUAUGAACACACUCCUAAACCUUGUGGAAGAUGUUUACAGAACAGUCAGAGUUGCUAUUGCAGUUGGUCCAUCAACACAUUGGACCUACAGAUUAAGAACAGGAUGUCAUGAAAGUUCAUGUACAGGUAAAAGUAGACUAAUACAUUUGACAGUAUAGGUAAUUUAGUGUAUAUGAUAAUACUACAGUAUCCUUGUAUUAAUGAAUUGGUUUAUUUAAAAUGACUUGGCAGCUGUAGCUUUAAAACAGCAUUACCUUAAUAAGACUGAAGGGUAGUGCUCCUUUAGUUUUCACACCCUGGCUGCUUUUUGCAGCUGGAAAUAUUUCCAGUCAGCUAUUGCUCUUUUCUGUUAGUAUUAGUAAACCUGUCAUUGAGCCAGCUGACUGACAGUGUGCAGCAAUGUGUGUGAAAGGGGUAGCAGUAUACAACUCCAUGCUCCAGUAAUCUUUGGUCACUCAGACACUUUCUCUGGCAUCUCACUAAAAUGACUUUAAAUCGUCUGACGAAUGUUUCAUUGGUUUUAAAAUCGUUACUUUUUAGAACCUUGGUAUACCUUGAUUCCGGUUAACAGCCCAUGUCUAGAGUAGAGUAUACGUUGAAUAAAGGAAAUGACUUUAAAUAAGCAGGUACAAAAUGUCCCCCUUAGUGGACACAAAUUGACCCAUGCUUGGCACAAACAGUCCAACAACAGACGGGUCCUUUAUACUGAAACCUGCAGUAUGAAAGGUGAAGGGGCAAAAUGACCUGUAUAUUAUUGUUCUGUCUAUAGGCAAGAACAAGGUGAUGCUUAUUAAACGCUUAGCUCUGUCAGAGUCAAUCAACAGUUUACAUCUAUGUAUUUCAGCACAAAAAGAAAAUCAUGAAAGGCACAGAUGUCAGAAAAUGUCAGAAAAAUACAACUUCCUACUAUAGUGGGUUGUUAUUACUGGGUAAUUAUUUUAUUAUGAAGGGGGCAUUAAAAACAAUAAGUUGGAUUACCAAGCACAUAUCAUAGCAGGGAACCAGAGAUAUAGUAAAACAAUAUAUUAAUUAGUGGUUAUAUCAUAGACGGUAAAAGAUCCAGUCCCAUACAGUUUAAACCAGAGGUUUACAUACACUGUUUAAAAAGACACAACCUAGACUUUUCCUUUUUUUGUUAAUUGGGAUUAUCAAAAUAAUUACUAUUUGCCUAAAUGUCAUUAUACUGAGAGAGUAAAAGAUUUGUUUAUUCCUUUUGAACAUCUUAAAUUCAGAAGUGUAUGUACAUUUCCUUCUGUCCACUAGUUUCUCACCAUUGCUGGAAUUGUGGCCCAUUCUUCCAAACACAACUGGAGUUAAGUUUGUAGGCUAACCGUUCUCCCUCCAAAAUUUUCUCUGGAGAAAACAGCUUUGAGAGGGCCACUCCAAAACCUUGACUCUGUAACUAAUUGUAACUAAUUUGGCUCUGUUCUUAGGGUUGCCAAUGUCAAUGUCAAUCUGGAAGAUUCAUUUGUGUGAAGCUUCAACUUCCUGGCUGAUGUCUUGAGGUGUGGUUUCAACACAUGAUACUCUUUCCUGAUGAUGCCAUCUACUUUCUGAAGACACUGUCUCCUGCCACAAAAUACCAACAUAACACGAUGUUCCCACUCCUGUACUUCACACCUGGGAUGUGGUUCUUUGGCUUGUAAGCUUUGAACCUGUAUCCUCCAAAAAGUAACGAUGAUCAUUAUGGUCAAACACUUUUUCCUCUUUGAGUGUGCUUUCAGUCUUGAAAGCCAUUUUACUUAUAUUGUGGAGGUCCACAAUUAUCUUCCCGACUUUCACUUUUUUUAUGAUGUCACAUAAAAAUGUAGUAUGUUUAAGGCGUUGCUUUAAAAUACAUCCACAGAUCUAUUAGAAUCUUACAAAGCUUUUGCCUCAUAAUGUGGGCAUUUCAAUUUUUUUUUAAAUACACAGUAAUCUUUGAGCAUGUAAACCUCUUACUUUGAAAAAAGUAAUAAAAACAUUAUCUCCCUUAAUAUUUUGGCAUCUUUUAAGUAGAAAUAGUUUUGGUAAUCCUAAAAGAGCUGAAAUAGCAAAGUUUUAGUCUGAUAUAAUGUCAAACACGGGGAAAAUGUAUUUUUAAACAGUACAUAUGUAAAUAUCUGGUUUAAUCUCCAUUAAUAUUUUUUUUUAAUGUUUCUCUUAUACUCAAAGUUACAUUUGCAUGAAACUAAAUACAGUAUAAUAACCUGACAAUUGGACUGUGUUUUUCAAAAACAGUUCAAAAUGUAUGGUAUAUAUUUCACAUGGUAUUUUAUCUUUAAAAAUAGAAAAAUACUCAUUAUUGAGUGUGAUAUAAUGAAAGGACCUGCAGUCACAGACGGCACUUGAGCAGAACCUUUGAUAAGCACAUCAAUUUUCCAAGAAACACAGACUCAGUGACUUAAAUCGCUUUCUUUCAGUAUUCCUGUUAUUAGUUUAAUGUUGAGAAUUGUUUCUAAUUUAUUUCACCUCCUAGUUUUUUUUGUUCUGCAUCCUUUAAAACCAUUUCUACCUCAUUGCUGCAUAUUGUACUUGUAGUACUUAUGUUGUUUCAUUUUUGAAUGUCAUGAAUUUGUGAAUUAAAAACUGUACAAAAGAAGAAAUGAUUGCCCUUGAAUCUGAGCAGUCUACCUCAAAAAGACUGUCUUUACACUGUCAAGUACAAGUCACAGAGUAAGAAAAAGAAGAUGACGAAAACAAGUGGCACCUUUAAGACAAAGAUGGAGCUUACCUGACAUUCUGACAUAUACAGUUUAUCUAUAAUAUCACUUUCUCAUUGAGGUGUUGGGGACGGUAUUUUCUGCGGGUUUUUUCACCGCAAACUCUGUUCCUAAAAAGAAAAAAUCAAGUUGCCUAAAUCCUCUGUGGACCGUGUGCACUGGCAAUUUUACAUGCAAGUAAGAGGGGUCAACGGUAAUGUGUGAACAUUCUGAAUUUUUACUUUUCAUACAUGUGUACAGAAAAAUGAACUUGCACAUAGCUGUAUAUAUGUUGUACAUUUGCUAUUGAUAUACAGCAUACCUACAAAAAAAGCACCACGUACCUGUUUAUAUGUGUGUAUGUAUUGCCAUAUUUACAGUACAGUCAACUUAAUUGUAUUUUAACUUCACGGUACAUAAAGGUUACUGAAAAACUGAAUAAAGUUGUUUUCUCUCUCUUU